GAUGGGGGAGGCUCACGCAUUUUCUUGGGGAAUAAGUAGAGCAAAGGAAGAGCAGCAAGCAAGUGUAGACACUGCGUCACGCUUUUCCUCUUCCUCUCUGAAAUAAUCGAUUUCCAAUGGCAACUGCUAUGGUAGAAGAUACGAGCUUCGAGGACGAUCAACUCGCUUCCAUGACUACCGAAGAUGUCGUCCGAGCGUCUCGUCUGCUCGACAACGAGAUCCGCAUCCUCAAGGAGGAGUUGCAAAGAACAAACUUGGAGUUGGAUUCGUACAAAGAGAAGAUAAAGGAGAAUCAGGAGAAGAUUAAGCUCAAUAAGCAAUUGCCCUACUUGGUUGGCAACAUUGUUGAGAUUUUGGAAAUGAACCCAGAAGAUGAAGCUGAGGAAGAUGGUGCGAAUAUUGAUCUCGACUCACAAAGAAAGGGAAAAUGUGUUGUGCUGAAAACAUCUACUCGCCAGACUAUCUUUCUUCCCGUUGUUGGGCUUGUUGACCCUGAUAAGUUAAAGCCUGGUGAUCUGGUGGGAGUGAACAAAGAUAGUUACUUGAUCUUGGAUACACUGCCAUCCGAGUAUGAUUCUCGAGUAAAGGCUAUGGAGGUUGAUGAAAAACCAACUGAAGAUUACAAUGACAUUGGAGGGCUGGAGAAACAGAUCCAAGAGUUGGUUGAGGCCAUUGUUUUGCCCAUGACACACAAGGAACGAUUUCAGAAAUUAGGAGUUCGUCCUCCUAAGGGAGUGCUCUUGUAUGGACCCCCCGGAACUGGGAAGACUCUAAUGGCCCGUGCUUGUGCGGCUCAAACAAAUGCUACUUUUCUGAAGUUGGCAGGCCCACAACUAGUCCAGAUGUUCAUUGGGGAUGGAGCAAAACUUGUUCGUGAUGCCUUUCAGCUUGCAAAAGAGAAGUCUCCCUGCAUCAUUUUUAUAGAUGAAAUUGAUGCCAUUGGCACAAAACGUUUUGAUAGUGAAGUGAGUGGAGAUAGGGAAGUUCAGCGGACGAUGUUGGAAUUGCUUAAUCAGCUUGAUGGCUUUAGUAGUGAUGACCGGAUUAAGGUCAUAGCUGCUACAAAUCGUGCUGACAUCUUGGAUCCUGCACUUAUGCGUUCUGGUCGAUUGGAUCGUAAAAUUGAGUUUCCACAUCCCACUGAAGAAGCCAGAGCCCGUAUCUUGCAGAUCCACUCGAGGAAGAUGAAUGUUCAUCCAGAUGUGAAUUUUGAAGAACUAGCUCGGUCAACCGAUGAUUUCAAUGGGGCACAACUAAAAGCCGUUUGUGUGGAGGCAGGCAUGCUAGCCCUUCGGCGUGAUGCAACUGAGGUGAACCAUGAAGAUUUUAAUGAAGGUAUCAUUCAGGUUCAGGCAAAGAAGAAAUCAAGCUUGAAUUACUAUGCUUAGACUGGAAACUAAGAGAGGAUUCGUUCAAUUUCACGAGUUUACGUCUUCAAUAUUCUGUACUCUUGAAUAUUAUAUUGUUCAAGCUUGGCCAAGAAGAAAGCAAAGCUGGCAGAUAAGAACUUGUUCAGGGGAGUAAAAUCGUUCUUUGUAAUAUGUAAUUGGCUAUGACAUUUUGUCUUUUUACAAGACCUCGACCUGAGUUUCUUCAAA